CCACUACCUGCAACAAAAAGAAAGAACAUAUAUAUUUUAACAAUACAGGAUCUAUUGACUAAGUAUUCAGUUGCCAUACCUUUACAUGAAGCUACUUCAUUAACAAUAGCUGAUGCUUUUAUUAAACAUUUUAUUUGUUUGUAUGGAACACCUAAGAUAAUUUUAACGGAUCAAGGUGCCAAUUUUUUGUCUUCUUUAAUGAGAAAUAUUACAAAGAAUUUAAUAUCAGACAUUUGAAAACUACAGCUUACCAUCCACAAUCAAACGGAUCUAUAGAACGAUCACACCACGUGUUAAUAGAAUAUCUUAAGUUACAAAUCAGUAAAGACAAUGAAUGGGACGAAUACAUACCUAUGGCUAUGUUUUCUUAUAAUACGAGUGUACACGAGAGUACUCAGUACUCCCCAUUUCAGUUAGUAUUCGGGCGAAUACCUCGUACCCCAAGCUCUUUUGUUCCCACAGAGGAAGAAACGGAUAUAACAUAUUGCGAAUAUUUAACAAAUUUGUUUCAUAAGUUAAACGAAAUACAGGAAAUGGCCAGACAAAAUUUGAUACAAUCAAAAGAACGAAGCAAGCGAUAUUAUGACAGACAAGUGCGCCCAUAUGAUUUUAAGGAGGGGGAUAACGUCUUCUUAUUGAAAGAACCACGUAAAGGGAAAUUCGCUGACCAAUACACUGGACCCUAUCAAAUAGUGGAAAUAUUACCACCCAAUAAUGCAAAAAUUUUGUUUCAAAAUCAACCCCGAGUAGUCCAUAUGGACAAACUCAAAAUAUCCCAUGUAGAUCCUGGAUGAGCCCUAAUUAUUUUGUAUGUUUCAGGAUUAAAGACUUGAGCCGAGCUCAAAACAUGAACCUGGCAAUCGUCAGUUGUUUCAUCACACAACAACGUGAGGCAUCACGAUAGCUGAGCUUCAACAUUUGUUUAUUAAUCAUAAGGCAUUACACAUUUUAGGAUUACUAAUUAAAUAAGUAAAGUUUUCAUGUGUAUAGGAAUUAAGCAACAGAGCGGUACUAGAACUCGCUCUAAAAUAUUAGAAUAUCUUCAAAGACUUUCAAUAGCUACUUGCGUUCAGACCUCAGGUCUUUACAGAUUUCCAGAUACCAAGGUACUUUGUUCUUUUUGCUAUAAUAGAUAUCCACAAUUAUUUAAUAAUUAUUAUAUUCCAUAUAUAUAUCGGCACGAGUUAGUUAUAGGAACUCAUAAACCACAGGUUUUGUGUGAAUUAUGUCACGUACCAUUAUUAACAUACGCGCCAAUUCAAAAUUGUGCAUACUGCAACGACAUACUUACAGCACUCACUGAACAGUUACGGGCAAAUAACGAGGAUUUUUAUGAUAUACCCAAUCCUACUGUGGUACGUUGGGUAGAUAACGAAAUCCAGCUAUAUCCUCUUAGGAUGGGGUAGAAAAAAAAAAAAAAAAAAAAAAAAAAAAAAUCUUAGAUUUUUGCAAUGCAGAGCAUUAACCCUAACGGGCUGAUAAUCCAUCAUUUGAAAUAUGAAUCAUUGUGUAUUCAGAAUUAUUAUUUUAAACAUAUUAAUACGGGAGAUAUAAGUUGUGCCGCUUGUAUUUACAAUAAUCCAGAUAUUGGAUUUUCAGCUUACGAAUUUAUUUUCAACACGGAUUAAUAUUAAACCAACGCAAUUCGUUAGAUUUUCUAACUGCUUGCUCGGAUUGUGGAAAGAUAUUAACGUUUCAUAAACACAUUCGCGGAAACGGAUGUAUUGAAUGUACUAAUAUAUUAAAUGACUUUUUUUCAGAUAUAACUGAUGUUACCUUAACUCAAAUUUUGGAUAAUGAAAAUCCAACUUUAAUAACAAUAGAGUUCCGUAGAAAUGCUAAUUUUCCUUAAUUGAUUAAACUUUGUAAAGGGAAAAAUAGCAUUAGACAUAAAUACAUGUCAUCAUUAAUAUAAGAAAUAAUUUUAAGGCUAUAUAAUGAAUAAUCAUGCGCAGUCUAGUAAGACUUUAGACCCGCUAGUUUUAAAUCAGGCAAAAUGCAUAGUUAAUAUUAAGGUUGUACAUCGAUUAACACGACAUUUAUAUUGUAUGUCCUGUUUUAGUAAGGAAAGCAAUACUAGUAAUUUUGAAAUUAUUAUUACGCAUUACAUUGCCAGCGGGACCGUAGAUUUAGGAACCUGCGUAAGUUGCAACGAGCAACUUUUCAGAAACGACCCAUGAGUUAUUGUAUACAUUGCAAGAGUAUUUAUAGAGAACUUUUGGGACAUGACAACUUAAAUAGGAUUGAUAUGUCAAACACAGAUUUUUUGUAUAACACAUACACGAAAAACUUUGAAUAUAUAAAACCUAAGUCGGAAUAAUAAAAUAAUUAUAAUGGCGGAAGUUAAUUUGGUUAAAUGUGUACGAGUUUAUCGAGUUCUGAAUGAACAAGAUCGGAAAUAUUAUUGCGUAUUUUGUUGGCACAAUCAAAUAUUUUUACCCAGCAUUAAUAUUGAAACUUCGGUUGGCCCUAUGGAAGGAAUAUUCCAGACACUACAUUAUUUUACAAAUUGUUUUAAUACAAUGAUUUUCCGAUGUGCCAUGUGUAACAAUAAAUUAUCCGAUAUUGUUAUGAUAGAUCAAUGUGAAAGAUGUUACUUAAAAUUUAGGAAUUUAAGAACACGAGGCCAAUUACAAGAUUCAGAUUUGUUAACUACUUGUUUCAUUUAUAAUUUGGAAAAUAAUGAGCUAACACACUCAUGCGUGUCAGGUUGAAAGCAUAUGGUAACACCAUACGAAUUAUUGGCAAUAUUUAUUAAGCUGAAUAAUUGUAACAUUGUCCAUAGAACAAUGAAGCCGUUAUCAGGAAUUAUGUUAUUCGUAUUAAUCCCCACAACCUACGGACUCAUUGGAUUCGAUUGUGGAGGUCAGCAUUUAAAUGUAACCACAGUAUCAUUGCUAGGUGUCAGAGACUGUGAACUUAAGCACCAAUCGUUAAAUACAUCUGACACACACAUUCAGUUACUACAACUCGCGGAAUAUAAUUACGUGGAAGUGAUACAGUGCAAAGUUGAAAUAUCGCGAGUGAUACAGUACUGUGGAAUGCAUUCGCAUAUAUCAGCUGUAGCCAAUGCACGACUAGAGUACCUACAGGAAGUUUCCAGAGUCAAGUGCUACCACGCUUUUCAGGAAGGGACCUUCUCCAUAGGACUGGGAGGGAUCGUCACCAAACUGAAGCCUAAUACUACCACCGUUCACAGCAUCCUGCUUGCCGGAACGAUAAACCAUGAUGGAACCUGCAAGGGUACACAAUUCUCCGACCCUUACGGGACUUGGCACAACGUCGUAGUAGAUGGAACUGUACGGAUAUCAUUAAAGUCAUCCUAUGUUCCUGUGCACCUAAAUUCUGGAAAAGUAAUGCUAAGAUCAGGAACUGUCUGCACACUGAGCGACGGUUUUUGCAUCGAUUUUGACGAUGGAUAUUCAUAUUGGAAACCGAUGCCCACAUCGUCUUGCAAUUUCCACCAGUACAACGUACUGUAUGAAGGAACGGCAGUUAAAAUGAAUGGAAUAAUGGAUACCAUUCAUCAGACUAUUUAUACUCUUGUCAGUCAGGAUACAACUUUUGCCUUGACAGCAGGAGGAAGUCAAGCCGUGUGUGGAUACACCCUACUCACCACGGAGCAUCCUAAACUAUUUAUCUUGGAGGCAGAAAAGGGAAACACCUUCGCGGAGCGAAGAGACAUCCCUGUGGAGAACCUCGAUAUUUUCACCUACGUCAACUCUAAAUUCGUGUACGUAGAAAAACAUAUACGACAUCAGAUGACAUCGUUGUAUCGUGACGUUAUUCAACAACGUUGCGAGUUGGAAAAGGAAGUGUUAAAAAACACACUGUCCUUCGCUACUCUUCAGCCAGACGAAUUCGCUUAUCGGCUCAUGAAAGGACCAGGUUACAUGGCCGUCACUGCAGGGGAAGCCGUUCAUGUCAUCAAGUGUAUACCAGUGGACGUCAUCGUACGCCGCACUAAGGAAUGUUAUAUUGAGCUACCGGUUACAGUACGCAACACUUCCCUCUUUAUCACACCAAAAUCACACGUGUUGACCAAGAUGGGAACCAUACGAGAGUGUAGCUACGAAUUGCCAACCCUUUAUCGAAUUGAGGAUACAUGGAUUGAACUUAUUCCGGAGCCACGUGUUCGCAGAACAUCGUUGCAGCAGUUACAACCUAUGACAAGUAUGUCAUGGAAUUAUUUAACGCCGGGACCACUAGCUUCCAGCGGAAUAUAUUCCCAGGCGGAUCUUGAUAAAAUCAGGGAUCAUAUAAUGUUCCCUGCUGAAAAGCCAGCGUUACUUAACAGCAUGGCUCGUGGAAUCACCGGACACGUCAUGCCUGACGAUACCAUGUCCAUUUACAACUUAUUGGAUGAAGCAUCAUUAAACAAAAUUGCUGAGUCAACUGCUAAACGGAUCUGGGGCGGAUUCAUCACAUUUGGAUCAGCCACAGCUGGAGUUUUUGGAGUAUUAUUAGUAGUACGACUAAUCAAGCUAGCCAUCGACACGAUGAUACAUGGUUAUGCUCUACAUUCAGCCUACGGAUGCAGUCUGUACGUGCUAGGAGCUAUCUGGAGCUCCUUGACUCAUCUGCUACUCUAUUUGGCCAGAGGUACAGCCAAACGCAGCCACACAGAUGGACGAGCAGAUCCCGAGGAACAACGAUCAUCGGAACCUGUGGAACCAGUAUUAUCGCAGUCUUUGUCGCAGAACAACCCUAGCAAUCAGUCAACUUCGCCGCAGGUGACUGACAGUGAAACCAUUGUAUACACAGACUUACAAAAACGUUUGCGUGAAUAUUAGAACCAUUUCCUCGAUUGCAUCGGAAAUGUUCUUAAAUAAGGGGGGGGAUGUGACGUCCUGACGUCCACCUCACACCCAUUUUUAAUUUUUUUU